AUGCAUUCCAAGAUCAUCGUUGCUCUUGCUCUGGUUGCUGCCGUUGCUGCUCAAUCUCAAUACGGCCAUCAGCACUAUCACCACGAAGAAGAGCAUCACGGACCAGUGCACUAUGAGUACCACUACGAUAUCCACGAUGACCAUACUGGCGAUGUCCAUGGACAGAAGGAGGCCCGUAAGGACGACUCUACUCAGGGCGAAUACUAUCUGAUCGAUGCCGAUGGCCACAAGCGUACCGUCACUUACCACGUUGAGGGUAAGAGCGGAUUCAUUGCUGAAGUUCACCGGGAACCAAUCAAGGGAUACCAGGCGCCCCAGCCUCAGCACCACUACCAGCCACAAUACCAUCAUCAGGCACCAGCCCAUCAAAACUAUCACCACUAA